AUGGCUCGUACCAAGCAAACCGCUCGCAAGUCCACCGGUGGUAAGGCGCCCCGCAAGCAGCUCGCCUCGAAGCAAGCACGCAAGACUGCCGCUUCGGCAACAGGUGGUGUGAAGAAGCCUCAUCGCUUCCGGCCAGGGACUGUCGCUUUGCGUGAAAUUCGGCGGUAUCAGAAGUCAACCGAGCUUCUCAUCCGCAAGCUUCCUUUCCAACGCUUGGUUCGUGAAAUCGCGCAGGAUUUCAAGACGGACCUUCGUUUCCAGUCGUCCGCCGUGAUGGCGCUGCAGGAGGCGUCCGAAGCCUACCUCGUAUCGCUAUUCGAAGACACCAACCUUGCAGCCAUUCAUGCAAAGCGUGUCACCAUCCAGCCAAAGGACUUGGCAUUGGCUCGUCGUUUGCGAGGAGAGCGAACAUAG